AUGAAACUAAAGUGUUAUCAAAUUGGAAUUGCCCCCCAAUGUACAAACAAUGCUCCCAGAUGUUCAAAACAAGAUUCAACUCCAUUGCGUAACAUCAAUACCGGCAGAGGCACUAAAAGACCUGCAUUAAAUUCACCGCCAAAUACGACGGCUUUAAAUGGCGCAGAUGUAAAAAUUAUUGUUCAAGAUGUUAUAAGAACCAAAUUAAGUGGUACGAGUAUACUAAAGGAAAUUAAUAAUAGUUUAAUGGAAAUUAUUAACAAAGAACUUAAACCUAUCAAAAAAGAGAUGAAAGAAAUUAAUGAGUCCAUGAAUUUCAUAAAUAACAGGUUUGAGGAUAUUGAGAAAGAACAGGCAGAAGCUAAGAAAACUAGUAAGGAAUUAUUUGAAGAUAACCUUAAAAUGAAAAGUAUUGUAUCGGAACUUAAAAUGCGACUUAUUUCCACGGAACAACGUGUUAAUAUAACAGAGCAAUAUUUGCGCACAAAUAAUCUAGAACUUCAUUGUGUGCCAGAAAGUUGA